AUGCCCCCCAAAGCUGAUAUCACAAGGCGAAAGACGCAGCUUCAUCUUGGCAGACAAAGAAUAGCCGAGUUGAAGGCAGAAAUGAUGCGGGCAGAGUUGAUUCCUACUGUGACACGCCCCCGCCCGUCUCCUAAACGAAAAGAAGCUGUGAAGCUAAUUACAGUCCUUUCAGACCCAGCGAGCAGUUUCCACGGAGCUGGAGGAAUCAGGGACCAAGGCGAAACCGCUGACGCAGAUACAUUGAGGCCCGCAAAUUCCCAGCCUUAUCCGCUCGCAGAUCAAUUAAUAACGUCACCGCUUCCCCUCUUCCGACAUCCGUCACCCCCAACCCUUGAUACCUUUGAUGGACAACUUCAGCCCAACGCCACCUUCUGGGGAAACACACAGCAGGGAUAUGUACCAGACACUGGUCGUAACGGUAUACAACACGAGCAAAGGCUUUCAUUUACCCCUCCAGAGAGGGCUCCAACUGCCGGUGAUGGGUCGCUAGCUUAUUGCCUACCUCACGUCAACAAAUGGUGGAACGCGCGUAUUGGCUAUGGUCCACGGCUUACCCUAGAGACGACGGAAGGUACUACUCGUCAACCUUCUGGGGAGAGGAAACAUGGAUCUAGAAGACCUUUUCUGUACGAUGUCGAAUUCCAGAAGAUGCUUCUUCUUCGUCGCAUUGAAUGUCGUUCAGUCAGACAGGCUGUUAGUGCGCAAUCGAGUUUCUUCCUGGACAGGCAAGCCUGUUCUGACCGCCAGCGCCUCCUUCCCAGUAGUUUCUGCUUCCCAAGGCAUGUCAAGGGGAGACCUUGUUUGUUCGAGCCGUGGGCUAUAACUGCUCAUGCCGAAUUCCUGCAUUCAAGCGACAGCUUUCUUGAUCUAUUCAAGCGUGAGACCUGGGCCAUUAGUGACGGGGGGUUUGCCGAGAAGCGCGCGGGGAAGAUGUGCGCUCCUGCGCCUAGGAUCGUUUUAAGGCUGUGGUGUGUUCUUCAAGAGGACCUGACAGGCCAUCACCGUAUCCGACUGGUACUUAACUGUUUGCGAAGCCUCGUCAUGUCCCUCACCGGUUCACCGUCUGAAAGCGGCGGCAAGCACAAUUGGACAAGGGCGGAUUCUUGGAGGACUGAGAAGAAUCUCACGCUUUCUAAAUACCCUGAUGACAUUGAAGAUGUUGCAAUCGGCGGAAAUAACGGUCGGGAUAUGAAAGACGGCCGAGUGCAUCGUCAACGAAAUCAGCUUAUUAUUGCAGACCCUAGGCUACACGUUCGCACUGAGGGGGUGAGGAAAGUUUCUGAGCAAGGCACGCCUUUCACUUCGGCCAAGCACCCUGUUGCACACGCUGCGGAGGAUAUAUCUGGUCACAUUUUUGACGUUGGGCCAUUGCACCACCACACCAUCAUGUGCACCUUGCCACAUGGGGCUGCCGCUUUGUUGAGCGUCAGAUGCGUGUCUCAGCUGAGAAACGCUGAAGCAUCCAGGGAGCUCGGGCGGCAACGGACGGGCGACGAGCUGUGGCGGGCGAGCGAUUCUUUUCUCUGGAGGAAUGGCCCUGUAACUAGGUAUAUCGCCAUUGGACCGGCCAUCACUGAUGUUGUUUGGUGGAUUCUCUUGGAUGCAAACAAGCUGACGGGCGGCGCUGUGGCUGCGAUGGUCGCUGGUGUUGGAGAUGGCAACAAGGGCGCGUCACACUCGCUCUGCAGUCUCGUCCCUGACAUUCCAGCGUCUGCUGCCCAGGUUUCAGUGGGAAGCCGCCCGCCACGGUGCUGUCCGGGGUUCAUCGCAGCGGCCACGCCCGGCACGCCCACCGCCCAACACAAGCUAAACGGCUACCCAUUCUCAGCGGGUUUUGCGCCUCUCCAGUGCCUCGGGCUUGAGCUUGAUCCUCUGCUUGCGAGAUCGGCGGCUGCCUUGCCGCCCCUGUGUGCAGACAUGUCCCCGUCGACCAUUUCUGCGACAAGCGCCCGCCCGGCUGGCUACGGACAGUCGUGCACCAACUGCUCCCGCGCCAAGUGCAAGUGCAUCCUCACCACGGUUGGCAGCGCGUGCGAACGCUGCGGCCGUCUAGGCAAAGAUUGCCAGCCCAUUGCCACGGCCAGAAAAAAGGUCGCCAAGCGAACGGCGGCGUCGCGGACGGCCCAGCUCGAGGAGAAGCUCGAUGACCUCGUCUCCAUCCUCAAAAACUCCCAGGGCCACCCCGGCCAGGAACAGCAGCAGCAGAACUUGCAGGAACAGAUUGCGCAGCACCGCCAGCAUCUAGGCUACAGCCACAUGCAGCAUGUGCCGCAGCAAACUAGAUCGCAAACCGCAGCCUUGGACUCGCUGGCGCAGGCUGCCACCACGGAGAGGCACAACGGCCCCGGAAUGAAUCGCGGCAGUGCCAUUGACCCAAACAUGGCCAGCGGCCAGCUGCACAGGGACCCAACGGCUGAAGAGGCCGAUGUAUACCUGGCCAAAUUCCGCACUUGGCUGCCGGGCCUGCCAUUUCUUCACCUGCCGUCCGACAUGAGCGCCAAAGCGUUGAGAAUGGAGAGGCCCUUUUUGUGGCUUUCCGUUAUGAACUUGGGGUCUGAUUCCCACUCACAGCAGCAAUUUUUACGGGAGAAAGUACGCAGGGAAAUGUCGGAGCGCAUCAUCAUGAACCACGAGCGCAACAUGGACAUUGUACAGGGACUCAUUGCCAAUCUAGGAUGGGCCACAUUAAAUACAGGACCAGGUGCCAGACCAUUCGUUGUUUUAUUCGCGCAGUUAGCGACGUUGGUCGUUUACGAACAGGGCAUGAUGCGGCCACCGAACCAGGAACACUUUUCCUCUGUCGGCUUCAAGGCCUGGAACAUGAGCACCCUCACGCCAAAGGCUCGUACAAUGGACGAACGGAGAGCCGUCUUGUCGUUGUGGUUUCUUACCUCAAUAUGUAAUGCACUCACUGCGCGAACAGAAACAUUACCGUGGACGAGCCACAUGGACGAGUCUUUGAGCAUCCUCGAACGCGGCGAUGAUCAACACCUCGAUACCAUGCUCGCAACAAUCAUUAAAAUACAGAAAAUAUGUGACGAAGCACACCGUCUACUUAUGCAAGAUUUGCUUCCCAACGCGCCCCCAAAAGACAUCCCAUCCUAUCUCUACAAACCGAGUCUCCUGGAGAGACUAAACACCAUCAAAGCAAAUCUGCCACCACGCUUUGCCACCAACUACACAAUCGUCACACAUCUUGUUUCGACAGAAUGCCAAAUUCAUGCCAUUGGCUUGUUUUCCAACACACGAAUCCCAGAGACACAGAGUGUUGAAUCAAUGUACCGGUGUCUCGCUUGCAUUCGAGCAUUUUACGACGCCUUCUUUUCGAUUCCGCUAGGCGACAUUGCCGGUCUUCCGCUCCAUACAUAUGUCGCCUUAUCCACUAUGCAGGUCAUGCUAUACAGACUUACUAUUUCCGACAACCCGAACUGGGACAAGGAGGUGGUGCGGCAGACUGCGGAUGUCAUGGACAUUGUGGACAGGACGAUUGAGCUAUUUGAAAAGGUAGCCAGCGUAUACCCAAUGCGGGACCAACAAGUGCAGGGCAACUUGUUCCAAAAGGGCGCCAAACAGAUGCGCAACCUCCGUGCCAUGUGGCAGCCUAUUGUGUCCAAGCAUUUUGGCACCAUGCCCACCCCCAAUAGCCAGCAAAAUGGUGCCAGCAGGGCUGCAACUGAGCAGCCUAUGCUUCUUGAUACCAUGGUCGACGGCGAACCGAUUGAUUUCAACGACAUGUCAUGGAUGGCGGAUAUCUUUGGACCCUGGGGGGACAUUCAGUGA